ACACAGGCUGCAACCAGGCAGACAAGUGAAGGACGAAGAGCCAGAGACCGUGAAGGAACUCAGACAUGGAGACCGGGCCCGCGCCCCUGGACAGACCCCGGAUGGAUAUGGCCACCUUCGCUGAGAACUUUAGUCCACAAAUGCUGAAAGAAACACACCUGUGCUACGAGUGGGACGUGCCAGAAGGUGACUCCAGGAUCCCAGUGGACCAGAUGAAGGGCUUCCUGCGCAACAAGGGUGCUGACACACUGGGGGAGGCCCGCCAUGCAGAGCUGUGCUUCCUGGAUCUGAUCCCUUCCUGGGGCCUGGACAAGAACGAGCACUACAGCGUCACCUUGUUCAUCUCCUGGAGCCCCUGCCCUGACUGUGCCCGCAGCCUGGUGGCUUUCCUGCUCGAGAACGGCCACCUGAGCCUGCGCAUCUUUGCCGCCCGCAUCUAUAGCAAAAACUGGGGUUAUGAAGACGGACUGCGCCAACUGCAGGCGGCUGGGGCCGAAGUCUCCAUCAUGAGCAUCGAUGAGUACCAGCACUGCUGGGAAGCCUUCGUGGACCACCAGGGAGGACCAUUCCAGCCCCACCCCAAGCUGCACAAACACAUUCAAGGGGAGUCACAGAGGCUGGAGGGAAUCCUCAGGGCGAGGUCCCCUCCCUGCUCUCCCCCUGCUCCCCUCCCUCCUCACCUUCUCUCCCUGUUCCAGGGCCAAGCAGAGCCCACCACAGGCACCAGACGUCUGUUCUGCAUGUCUCUGUGUAUCCUGCGUCAUGCUGAGAGAGCCCCAGGCAGCUGGGCGUGCUGCACCAGGACCCCUUUACCUGAUGCUGACUCCGUGAGAACACAGAGGGAGGCCUGCAGAUGUCGAGAGAUGCGCCGUGUUCCUGGACGGAGAGCCUCGGCGGUCUGUGCCGCUGCAGUGACCUGUGACACACUGGCCACAGGGCUUCUCGAGAAGCAUGAAAACGUUUGUCCAUCAACUGUCGUGGAUCUGGGACGGGCCAGUGCAGCCUCCAAGGACGACCAGAUGAGGAGCCUUCUGGGCAGAAAGGCAGACCCAGUGCUGGGGACCAUGGUGAGAAGGAAAGUCUCCUGGAAGAAGGGCUACAUCCCGAAGCCCUGGCCCAGCAACCCCAUGGAGAAGCUAUAUGCUGAUUAUUUCAACUUUCACUUCACAAACGAGCUCACCCCCCCAGGUCGAAAUGGCUGUUACAUCUGCUAUGAAGUGCAAGGAACCCACUCACUUAUUUCCUUGAAGAGAGGAGUCUUUGAAAACCAGUUCUAUCCAAAGAAGAGAGUCCAUGCGGAAGUCUGCUUCCUGAAUUGGUUCAAGAAGUGGCCCUUGGAGAAGACCCCGACCCCUGGCGAACCAUACCGAGUCACCUGGUACAUGUCCUGGAGCCCCUGCGUGGAAUGUGCCAAGCAGGUGGCCGACUUCCUGAACACACAGAAGUGUGUGCAGCUGCGCAUCACCUUCUCUCGCCUCUACCACUCCAAUAAGCCGGAAUACCGGCAGGGGCUUCGGCACCUUGCUGGUGCCGGGGCCGAGCUGGCUGUGAUGUCUCCAGAGGACUUUAAGCGCUGCUGGAGCACCUUUGUGAGCUACCAGGAAUCAGAUUUCCGGCCCUGGUCUGACCUGGACGAAAACAGUGAGAAACUAUCAAAAAUGCUGGAUGGAAUCCUCAGGAUUCAGGGAAGCUGAAGAUGGACUCAACGUCUCUGCACGAUCAGGAGUCUUCUGGAGAUCGACGGAUAAAACACCUUCGUCAGGGAGAGAAAACUCACCUUUCCUACCAACUCCACAGUGAUCUGAAGACACCGGCAAAAUGCAAAGAGCUCAUAGGAAAUUUGUUCAAAAAAAUAUCCAAUUGAUUUACUUUUUAUUUAAAAUCUAUGAUAUGUUCCAAGUAUGCACCAGUAAGAUUCUACUCAGUAGUAUCAGAACCAUUUUCGAUUUUUAGGGAAAUACUUAUUUCCAUACACUUUAAAUGCAAAGUAAUGAAAUGGAAGACUGAACAUCUUCCACAAAAUGUUUUUCCCUCUGUAUCCUGGAGCCCAAAGAGGUCAAUAAACACCUGCCAAUGAGCAAAAGCCUCUCCCCUCAGUGCUGCUUUCACAGGAGGCUGCUUUUCACUUUCAAGUGAAAAUCAGUGAUGUUCAUAGGAUCAGGAAUUCAAAAACCUAAACUCACUGACAGACUUGGGCUGGGGACCGUUCUUGUGGUUUCGGAGAUGGCAACCCCAUAAGACCAAACCCUGAAAGGGGCUAGUAAGUCUCCAUGGAAAAUCAGGUAACAACGCAGGUGGCAGGCAUAACUAGACUCCAACACUGAGGGUUCCCAUGGAAAUCAGGCCCCAAACGUACACUGUAUCCUUUGAAGCUGGCUCUGCCCAGCAAUAAGCCUUGUUAAUAAAAAGUAGAGUUUAAGUACAAGGCAUAAGGAGUAAACUCCUUAUCUCAUGAAACACAUCUUAAAGACGCUUUGGCAUCAGUAUGACGAACAGACCCUGACCUGAGGCAUAUUUCUGUGUUCCUUCGACUAUUAUCUAUAGAUGAUACCUGUUUUUGUAUGACUACAGCAGCCCUUUGACAUUGAUUGAUGA